CCAGAGUUCUAUACUACGGGACACGCUGUCGACACAUUGGUCCACAGACAGAUUGUGCAGGCAGUAUGGAGAGUUACCAAGUCCCGACUGCGAAGGCAGCCCCAGCUGGAGUGGCUAGCUCUCUCACAAUGUUGGCUGUGUUCUGCAGCCUCGCCUACCUCGCCAUGUUCAAGUGGAAGCGACGGAGGUUGGAGAAGCUAGGCUCUCAGCUCCCUGGGCCUCCUGCUCUGCCUAUCAUCGGCAACGGUCUGGAGUUCGUGGGAGAUCCAGAGGAUGUCAUGAAUAAAGUAGUGACACUGACCAGGAAAUUCGAGUCUCCUUUUCGUAUAUGGAUUGGACCGAUUCUGUUUGUCGUCAUCAGCAAACCAGACGAUCUUCAGAUUGUGUUGAACAGUUCUAAAACUCUGGCCAAAGACCCUUUGUACAGAUUCUUCAGGAACACUGUAGGCACUGGACUAUUCUCAGCUCCAGUUGAGAAAUGGAAACGCAAUCGCAGAGCCAUUACUCCAGCCUUUAACAUGCGGCUGUUGGAACAGUUCAUCCCGGUGUUUAAUGACCAAAACCGUGUCUUGGUGGAGAAGAUGUCCAAGAUGGUGGACCUCGGGAUGUUUGACGUGUGGGACUUUGUGAGCCCUGCGACACUUGACAUCAUAUGUCAGACAGCCAUGGGAGUGGAUGUCAAAGCUCAAGAUGAUCCCAAUUCUGACUUCGCAAGAGCUUUGCCAAGAGCCUCUGAACUGGACUACAUGCGGAUUUACAAGAUGUGGCUUCACCCAGACUUUAUCUUCAACAGAGUGAGUUACGCUGAGGAGUUACGACAUGUCUACAAACAGCUGCACGGCCUUCCUAACUCUGUAAUUCAACAGAAAAAGGAGGCUUUCCGCAAGAAGAAGGAAGAAUCUAUGAACAAACCAGAAUGUGAACAAGUUGAUACAGAUGAAAACAAAAAUGAGAAGAAAUUGAGAGUUUUUCUUGACAUUCUGCUGGAGCUGAAGGACAGUGGCACUAACUUCUCAGAUGAUGAUUUACGGGACGAAGUCGUCACUAUGAUGAUUGGAGGAAGUGAAACAAGUGGGCUGACAAACUGUUUCUGCUUGCUCAUGUUGGCUAUGCAUCAGGACAUUCAGAAAAAAGUUUACGAGGAGGUCUACAACAUCUUUGGAGACUCGGAUCGAGGAGUUACAAUGGAGGACUUGAACCAGAUGACCUACAUGGAGAUGGUGAUCAAGGAAACGUUACGAAGGUUUCCAGUGGGGCCUCUGUUCCUGAGGAAGGUCAUCGAAGACAUUGAAAUCACCAACUACACACUGCCACAAGGUUGUAGCAUAGUGAUCGCCCCACUCUCCACCCACAUGAACACAGCUUUGUACCCGGACCCGGAAAAGUUUGACCCAGAAAGGUUUACGGCAGAGGCAGUUGCUGCGAGACAUCGCUACGCCUACAUUCCCUUCAGUGGGGGUCCACGGGGCUGCAUUGGAUCAAAAUACGCAAUGCUGUCCAUGAAAACUACAAUAUCUGCCAUUCUAAGAAGCUACAAACUCUUCACAGAUAUUAAAAUGGAAGACAUCAAAUUAAAGAUAGAUUUGCUGAUGAGAAGUGUGAAUGGAUUCCCGAUUCGACUUGAACGUCGUAAAUCAGAGUUUACGUGAUCAACAUUGUAACUGUUACAAUGUUAAAUUUGUAAAUACUUCCAAGACUUUCUGGUAGAGCAUCAAAUUAAUUUAUUUUUACAUGUUUCCAGAGUAUAUCAUCCAUUGUGACAUUGUAUGUGAUUUUCUAUCAUUACGGUUGACCAAGUCUCUAGGUUAGAUAAUUUUGAUUGUAACAAUUAGUAUUAUUUUUAGUAUUUUGAUGAUGUGAUAGACGUUGCAUGAUGUGUAUGUUAUUUUUAUACUGUACAUAUUUUUCUAGUUGCUUUAUGUUGUUGAUUUAGUAAUUUUUAUUAUUAUUUAUGAUGUGAAAAUAAUUAUUUGCAAAAAGAUGGUUUAAUGGUGUUGGAUGAUUUUUUUCACUAUCUGAAUUUACAGAUUUGUAUGUAGUACAGAAUAUUACAAUAAAAGUUUUAUUUAUUGAUAAGAUUAAGUCAGCCGUCUCAGUAACAGAGUAUUGUAACUACAGUGUGUACUUCACAACUGUUACUAAACACAUAAUUUAACCAUGUUAAAUCUAAUUAUUAGGUAAUUUAUGAUUGAUAUGUAUUAUACAUUC